CACCCUCCACACCAGCAACCCUGCUCCAGGCACCGCACCCCAGAUCCUCCAAGCUGAACCUCAUGGCCCGCGCCGCCGCCCCAGCUACACCCUGCGCUCCCCGGCUCCUCCGGACAGCGCUGCUGCUCCUGCUUCUGGCCGCCGCCUGCCGGCGCGCUACAGGGGCGCCCGUGGUCACGGAGCUGCGCUGCCAGUGCCUGCAGACAGUGCAGGGAAUUCACUUCAAGAACAUCCAGAGUGUGAAGGUGACGCCCCCAGGACCCCACUGCGACCAAACUGAAGUCCUAGCCACUCUCAAGAAUGGACAGGAAACUUGUCUCAAUCCUGCAGCCCCCAUGGUUAAGAAAAUCAUCGAAAAGAUGCUCAAAAAGGGCAGCAUCAACUGAUCUAGAGAGAAGACUUUCGUGCUCAUUCUUGAAAGAUGGUCCCUGCCCUUGUAAGAAGUGAAAGUGAAGCCGAUAACAGCUGACUUCCCAACACCUAGAAAAAAAAUGUGCUUGGUUUUCAAAUGAGAUUUUUAUUUAUUUAUGUAUUUAUUUAUUUUUCAAAGUGUAUAUUUUAAUACUUAUGUUAGUAUUUAAAGACAUGAAUGUGUUUAAUCAAACACAAUCAGUCUCAUUGUUAUUUAAUUUGAAUGUGAUGGUUUUGAAAUGUGUCAUGGAACUCAUUUACUGGAAAGUCAGGUGUUAGAUAUUGAGCUGGCAUGGCCAGAGGGAAGUGUGAGAAAGGUCCAGGUAAUUCAAUAGUGCUGUUAGGGUCAGGGUGAGUGUAUACAUAGAUACUUCUGUGAUUGUUUAAAAGAAUGUCAGUUGCUAUUUAUUGAAAUGAUUUCAUAUUAUGUGGUCAACAUUUUAUGUUGAAGUAGCCCUUGGACAUUUGAUGUCUUCCUUGUAAGGCAUAAUGCCUUGUUUAAUGUUCAUUCUAAUGUUCUCUUUGUCUCAAAACAGAGAAGUUAAAGUUUAUG